CAAUCAGCAACACAAGGAAUGAUAUCAGUUGUUAUUUUUUUUUUUACAAGGGAGAACUGAAACUUGUCAGUGUUGACAAAUUUGAUUCCUCUUUGAUUUUUUCUUUUUUUUGCCAUCUUACUCUUUAGUCUUUUCAGAAAAUAACUCUUCUGCAGACAGCUCCUGAAGCCCUUGAGUUUUGUUGCGUUUGCACAGUUUGCAGGAUGAGCAGGAGAACUCCUCUGUGGUCAGUGGCGGUGUGGCUGGCGGUCCUGUUGACCACAACGCAGGGUCAAGAAAAUGACUCGUGUCGGGUUCACGAUGGGCAGCCUGGGUUGGUGGGGGCACCGGGCAGAGACGGGAGAGCAGGGCUGAAGGGAGAGAAAGGAGAGGCAGCCCCUCAGGCUCCCGAGACAGAAUUGAACAACAAGGGAGAUCCAGGGGAGCGCGGACCUGAAGGGCUGACGGGUCCCAAGGGGUUCAACGGGCCACUGGGGGAUUUGGGGCCCUUGGGGCCAACUGGGAAUCGUGGGGCCAAGGGAGAACCAGGCAGCUCAUCGCUGAGUUACCGCUCCGCUUUCUCAGUGCUGCGUACCCUGACCUCGCAGCCUAGGGGUAAGGUGGUGUUUAACAAGGCUCUCACCAACACAGAGGACCACUACGACACCAGCAGCGGCACCUUCACCUGCGUGAAACCCGGCUUCUAUUACUUUGUGUACCAUGCCAUGUCCACAGGUAACCUGUGCCUGAGUCUGAUGAGCACUGCUGAGGGCUGGGGGGAUAACACGGCGGUGGUGGGAUUCUGCGACUACAACAAACACAAAAGCACCCAGGUGAACUCUGGGGGCACCGUGCUGAAGCUCAAGAAGGGGAACAAGGUGUGGCUGCAGGUCAGCAAAGACGAAAACCACAUGGCCACCUCCCCCGAAACCCCCAGCAUCUUCAGUGGAUUCCUGCUCUUCCCAGUCAAAGAUUAGCGUGCCUGCGCAUGGGGGUUGGGCCGUAUUAUCAAAGCGCUCGAUCAGAAUUCUAAGAUAAAACUGUAAAACAGCUUACUGCAAAGGCACGAGCCGAAACGUUUGCCUGCUUGACUUCCAGUUGCUUACAGCUGUGCGUGCUAAACAGGAUUGAUAGUAGAAUGCCGUAGCAAAUUUGAACUAAAUAUAUUUGGUUUGAAUGUGCAUACGAUGCAGUUUCGACCCUGUUCUGUAAUGUCUUAUUAAUGCAUUUCAUUUGUACCUGUGCAAUGUUAACUAUGUAUGUGUGAAUGGCUGCUUGAAGGGGUGGGGUGGCGGUCCGGGGGUGAGGUGAUAUUAAUGAAUGCAUUAAAUGUCUUGAACACUGUGCUUGCUUUUCAAAAACAAAUCAAUAAAAAGUUAUAAUGAAA